AUGACGGCAUUAGCAACCAUUUUAUCUCGAGCCAAUCCGGCGUCAAAGUUGCCCAGCUUUUCCUGCCAAAGAAACAUGCGAUUGCUAAAGAAAAUACCGCCUUUUCUUAUCUUCUCGUUCACUCCACCCUACGCCUCUCCGAUUUCUGGCUCCUCUUCGCUUUUCCUCCUCUUUUUUGCCGCCGAUUUCCAACUUGCCCGACCAGCAACAACAAACUUGCCGCCUACAACGAUCCUCUCUUGUCUCGGCAGUUGCUGGGUUGGGCGAAAUCGCGGUGAUCGUGCGCGUAGAUGCCCCCAGUCGGGUCAUUCGUCCCCUUCAGGGCUCAGUCUCCUCGCCCUCUUUUGUCCGCGAUUGGGCGAAAGCCAUCGCGAUCCCGCCAGUCCGGUCCGGCUGACCCCACACACAUCUGCCUCCUAUCACCAUGCCGGCCUGUAG